AUGGUAAUGAUGCGCUUCGUGCUGUGUAUCCUCGCUCUCCUGCUCUCAUGUGCGUGUGUGCACGUCCUCGCUGAAGAAGUGCCUGCCGCCGAUCUUUCCGACCAAGUCCCUGAUACGGAGAGUGAGACAAAAGGUGGUAAUGGUCCUGGUAGUGAUGGCAAAUGCCCUGAAGGUACUGAACUUUCUGAUAACAAGACUUGUACUCAUAAAAAACCCGAAGCUCCUCCUGCUAAAGUACCGGAAGUUCCUAAAAAACCUGGACUCGACGCUUCCACUGAUGAACAACAUAAUCAUCACCAAUCUGAAACUCUUGGUCAAGGAACUGCUCAGAGUCUUCCUGGUGCCGUUUCUUCUCGUGGUGAAGAUGGUCUUGAAGAUCGUGGUGUUUCUGGUGCUCCUGGUCAAGUGGGUGACCAUGGUUCAAACGGUUCAUCUGGCGCUGGAGCUGGUUCACCAACAGGGGCUGUUUCUGAAUCUGCUGCACCUACUACAACGGAGAGUGAGGCUGAGGCUGCAGGUAUCAGUCGUUCUGGAAGCAGCGACAACAGUUCAACAGGUGAAACUACAGCUAGACAAGGAAGUGAAUCAACAGAAGCUUCUACCUCUUCUCCCAGCAGUUCACCCACAGAGAGUGCCAGAGGUGCUGAUGCUGAAACACCUAACAACGCCACUUCGUCUGCAGAGAGAGAAUCAACGGACAAUCAAAAUGAGACAGGCAAUACAGAGACCACCACCUCCACUACCACAACAACUACAACACUUCCUCCUGAACUCACAAACAACAAGAAGGGUGAUGCAGACAGCAGCAGCAGUAUCAGCAGUUCUGUGUGGGUGCGUGUACCACUACUAAUUGUGGUUACACUGGCCUGUAUUCUUGUGUGCUGA